GUCGUGAAGCUGCCGCUGUGACACUCCGGGCUGGGACAAGCAGGCAGCAGCCGGCCGGCCGCCCCCCGAGCAGCAGUCGCACAGGGGAACCUGCCUGCUGCACUUGAGCGACAAGUCUCAACCCGGAGGCUGAGGCGCUCAUGGCGGUCGCUUUUGGAGCAGUCAUUCCGCAUGGACUGCUUUCCCAGCCGUACCCGCCCCCCCUGUUGCCCAAGCCUGGAAAAGACAAUGCCCGCCUCCAGAAGCUCCUAAAGAGAAGUGCCAAAAAGAAGGUGUCUGCCCAGGCCUCGCAGUCCGCCGCACCGUUUCGUUCCAGCCUCUCCCCAGUUAACGAAGCGAGCCCCGACCUUGAGCACAGUGAACACUCCACCCCGCCCAAGACCCCAGAGUUCGGCUUCUACGGGGUCCAGCAGGCUGCCCGCUUCACUGCCAGGCCGCUUUAUCAGCAUGUGGCGUCUCCGUACCCGCAGCGUGCGGCGUAUGGUCGAGCAAGCAGGUUCUCUCCUCAGCCACUCGCAUACCCAUCAUACUCACAACAUGGUGCCGUGGCUUCUCUGUACUCUAGAGAGCAGCCAGCACCGGUGGUGCCGUUCCAGCUGGCACCAGCAUUCCGGCCAGCGACCCCCAUGAUCUCUCAACCAACUUCUUCUAUGCCUCAGGUGAGGGCGCCUCCCCCCGAGGUGAAAACACCAACUUUAAGUUUAUUCAGUGAAGAUCCUGCUAGUCUAAGACCUACUGUGGCCCUGCCCAUCAAGCCAAAACCCGUGAGCCCAACUCCAACUUUCCACCCAGCACCGCCGGCUCAUGCGUUGAUUCGGCCGCUCACUGUGUUGACGGCAUUCGUCAAGCCAAAAAGCCCUCGUCCAACAUUCAAAGCCACCGAACCCUCAAGAUCACCCAAACCGAUGUUUGACGUCCCCCAAAUUCGCUUGUACACAGCAAGCACGUCCUACUAUGAAACGUCCAGGACACCUCCAGUCAACGACACCACUGCCCUAACUGCGAUUGGCAGCACCGUCACUGAAAGUCAACAAGUUCCAACAUCUGAGGCAAGGAGAGGAAUGAUCCAGGAGACCCAACAUCUUCACCCAACACAACGAAAAAGCCCAACUUCAGAGAUGAGAAAAGAAAAAUCUAAAGUGGAGACAAAUGCCGUUGCAGCUCCAACUGUUGAGAUUAAGAGAGCAACACCAACAUCCGAAAUGAGAGUCAAGACACCAACUCACGAGUUGCAGUCUCCAAGAAUCCUCGCCGGGCGCCCGAGAACCCCAGCAAGCCGGGCUGAGACCCCCGUCUUUGAGGUCUCAAGACCUAAUCCUCUCCUGUUUGCGGUGUCACCAGUUCUCAUGGAGUCAGAGAGGACAUCAACUCCCAGAAGGUCACCUGCUCUUCAGAAACUGCCUGAAACGUUCCUGAAUGGGGACGUUCAGAAGGAAGCUUCAGCCAACAAGCCACCACAGAUGAUUACCAAGUCCAAAUCGGAACCAGACCUGACAAAUAGAACUGUAUCGGCUGCUCAAAGCCCUCAAAGACCAAAACCUCCAACAGCUGCGUUAAAUCCUGCUGUGGCAUCUUUCAGCUAUCAGAGGCCUAAAACUCCAACCUAUGAAGCCAACCGGCUUCUCAGCUCAUCCACUGCAUUCAAAAGACCAAGGACUCCAACAUAUGGGAUGACCGCUCCUGGUGGAUUAGCUGCAACCUUCCAGAGGUCUAAAACACCGACUCCAGUGUCUCCCAAAACAAGGUCUGGCUAUCGUGGGCUGACACCUGCUGAGUACGCUGCUCACGGAGGAAUCAAAACGCACAGUCCAGCAUUCGGUAUCACCGUUUCUCAGGCAGCAUCUCAUGACGAGCCUACAGCAACCAAGAAAGAAUCACCAGAAAGAAAAACACCAACUCGAGAACUUACCGUGAAAGAAGAGUCCCCCAAAGAUGACGUCCAUUUGAGAGAACUAAAGGCCUCUGCCAUGCCAACAAUCCCCAUCAUUGUUGUUUCCCAAACACCCGACAACUCAGCAGAAACAUCCAAACAGGAGGAAGCGAUUGUUCCUCCAAAGCUUCCAGAGAAACAAGAACCUACGGACAUUCAGGAGGCACCAAAGGACAAACCAUCGCCCUCUCAGAAGAGUGCUCCUUUCCAGCAGAAGGUAGACAUGACAAAACCACCUAAGGCCAAACAAACUCCAGCUGAUAAGGAUCCUCUGAAGGCUAUCAGGAAACUUCUGGGCAAAGAUAAAGUUCUGACCUCCAAAGAUCAAGAAGAGGAAAAGGUCAAAGUGACAGUGAAACCUGGAGACACCAUCAAGGUUGAGAAGGCCAAAGUGAGCAAUGCAACCUCAGCUGAGGCCACCAAAAGUAAAGAUCAGGACAAGAAAAGUGAAACAUCUGUAGGACUUAAAGCUGAAAAAAAGAGUGACGAUACACUUAAAAACCUCCAGAAGCCAAAGGCACUAAAACCUAAAAUGAGCGGUUGGUCCAGACUCAAGAAGCACAUGGUGGUGGAGCAGGAGGAGCCUUCAUUUCCACAAUCUUGCUCUCAGAAGGAGACCACUGGCCAGGACCAGAACCAGGUCAGCGCUGCCGGCCCGGGCCAAGGGGGUUCUCCCAAAGCCACCAAGAUGUGGGACGCCGUCCUCUUUCAGAUGUUCUCCAGCAAGGAGAACAUCAUGCAUCAGAUUGAGCUGAACAAGCGGGAUGAGCAAAAGACAGAGGAGAAGACUGAGGAGAAGAGGGACGAGGCGAAGGACAUCCCUUCAUUUGCAUACAAGUUGCCCAUCUUGCUCUUCAGCCCCAAAUUUGACGCCAAGAAGCUGAAGGAGGCGGCGUCGCGGCCGCUCACCAAAAUCUCCACCGUCUUUGAGAUGGGUCUGAUUGGACGCAAGGCCAAAGACGAGGAACCAAAAGAUUUUAACAGAACAGCCAAAGGCUUCAGCACAGCUUAGAGAUCGACACCAACCAGGACGUGUUUUGAUGCUUCACCAAAAUAAGCGCGCUUGUGUGGACUCUGCAUCAUUGCUGAACCUGAUGCUUCUGGUGGUUUGGACUUUACACAAGGUUUGUCUUACAGAUGUCAGGUCCUAUUAAAGCUUUGAUGACUGAAGUCCGUAAAGAGCAGCUCAUGUCUUCUUUGGACGUGGUUAGCGUGUUCACGUUACCGUUUGCACUUUGAUUCCCGAUGGUGCUACUUGCUUCUCGCCUGCUUGAUGGCUUAGUUUUGAGCUUGUAGAUUGCUUCCAGUGUGUUGUGGAGCAGCUUUGAAUGUGUUCAUUCUAACUUUAUGUUCAUUUUGUGCAGACUUGAAUUAAAUGAAGCAGCUUUUCAAAGUCUGUGGGACUUAAUCAUGAUAAUUUGAUGUUCUGAAGACGCUUGAAAGAGCACGCAUCUGCGACUUGAAUUGUGUGACUUGAAGGUGGACAACGACGGCACUAAAAUGAGGAAGUUGAAACAGGGAUUAAGUUGCUGGGUUGCAUGUGACGUCAAGUUUAGUUGCUGCCAUCACAGACAGAUGACGGGCAAACAAGCGUAGUUGUAGCGAGUCGUCGAGUGAAUUCAGAGUGAAAAUGCUGCAUACAUGCACUCUUUGUCACUGAUUCUGUUAAUAAUUUUUAUGAAUUCUGUUCAUAAUUUUAAUGAACAGAAUUUCUAUGCGCACCCAAAGCGUCAAGACGGUCCGAUUUGGGGGCCUUAGAGUCUCAUCUCUGCUAUUUGCAGAUGAUGUGGCCCUGAUGGCCUCAUCAGGUUACAAUUUACAGUGUUUACUGGGACGGUUCGCAGCUGAGUGUGAAGCUUCUGGGAUCAGACUGAGCACCUCCAAAUCUGAGGCCAUGGUUCUCAGCCAGAAAAGGGUGGAUUGCAUCUUUUGGGUUGGGAGAAAGGUCUUGCCCCAGGUGGAGGAGAUCACGAGUGAGGGAAGACUGGACCAUGAGGUCGACAGGUGGAUCGGCGCAGCGUCUGCAGUAAUGCAUUAGCUGUAGCGAGCCGUCGUGGUGGAGAGAGUUGGAAGACAAAUCUCUCACUUUACCAGUCCAUCUAUGUUCCUACCCUCACCUAUGGUCAUGAACUUUGGGUCGUAACCAAAAGAAGAAAUUUGAGAAUAGUGAUAGUGGGCGAAAUUAGUUUCCUCUUCAGACUCAUAGAGAGGGUGAGAAGGUCGCUCAUCCGGGAGUACCUCAGAAUAGAGCUGCUGCUCCUUCACAUUCAGAGGAGCCAGUUGAGCUGGCUCAAGCAUCUAGUGUAAAUGCUUCCUGCACUUAGGGUAGACCGAGGACACGCCUGAGGGAUUGUCCCGCAGCUGGCCUGGGAACGUCUUUAUGUCCCCCCGAUGGAACUGAAAGAAGUGGCCGAAGACCAGGAAGUCUGGAUUUUUACUGAGAUUGCUGCCAGCCUGCAACCCAGACCUGCAUAAGCAAAGAAAAUGAAUGGAUGGAUGGGCUGUUCUCGCAUGUGGAAAUCCUUGAUUUUGUAAAAGGUUACUGCAGAGUUCCUAAUCAUAAAGGAAAACAAGUUCAAGAAACAACCAAAAAACUCAGAGAAAGGUGGCUGUUGAACCUGUCUUUCUCGUCCAGUGGAGCGGAGUAUGAACAUGCUCGAGUUUGACUGAAAACCAUCCAUCCAUCUUCUUCCGCUUAUCCGGAGUUGGGUCGCGGGGGCGGCAGCCUCAACAGAGAAGCUCAGACUUCUCUCUCCAAAACUACUUCAUCCUGCUCCUCUCGGGGGAACCCGAGGUGUUUCCGGGAUACAUACUGUAUGUCCUGAGUCUUCCUUGCUGCCUGGGAGGCAUCCUGACCAAAUGCCUGACCCCCUCAGCAGUGGCUCCACUCAGAGUUCCUCCUGGAUGACAGUGCUUCUCACCCUGUCUCUCAACUUGUCGUUUUGGUCACUACCCAAAGCUCAUUAGGAACGUAGAUCAAGCAGUAAAUUGAGAACUUUGCCUUUCGGCUCAGCUUCCUCUUCACCACGAUGGACCAGUGCAGAGUCCUUUGACUGACAACAUGCAAAAUUUUUCGUACAACCAAAGUUCAAAUGUUGUCGAAACUCAAAAGUACCUGAAAACAAACAACAUGUGACUCAACAAUGACGCACAACAUUUAUUUCACAGCAUGAAAGCAACUGCAGACGCCGUAAUUAGAUUUCAGCAACAUAUUUGAGAAGAACAAUACAGAAAAAGUUAUCAGCGAAUUGCCUGAUAACACAUUCCCACAAAGAUCUCACGCACGCAUCGACAUUAGGGCUGCAGCUAACGAUUAUUUUCUCAGACGUUUAAUCUGAAGCUUGUUGUUUCGAUGAAUCGAGUAAUCGGUUUGGUCCAAGAUGGUGGUUUGGUCCACAACAUAUCAGAAACGAGACAACAAUGCUGUCAAAGCUGAUGUAUGUGAAUAUCUUGUUUGGCCAAAAACACAAAGAUCACAGGUCUGGUUUCAUGGAUGACUAAGAAAAUUUAAAAAAAUAUUCACAUUUGAGAAGCUGAAAGCAGAGGAUAUUUACAUUUUUAAAACAAACAAUGAUUAAUCAAAUACCAAAAUAUUUGUUGAUGAAUUGGACAAUCAAUUAAUCAUGGAUUAAUUGCUGCAGCUCUCAUCAACAUCCAUCAAAUAUGCUACUUACUCGUGCACCAAUAAGUCCAACAUUGUCUUUCAUGGCCUCAAAAGCAGAUGUAGAGAAAUUAUGUACCGCCAUACUUUUGUAGUUCUUCAACUCCUUGCGAGUGUAGAAGGAAAUGUGAUCAUUCAGAUCGCUGACUGCGUGCGUGAUCAAUGUUGCCAACUCCUCAGUAGAAAAGUAGCUAUCGGCUGUCCUCGGAGUCGCUAGUCGCCAUCGGCUAUCCA